AAUCCAAUCAGCUUCCGUCGUCUGAUUUUGUUGACGUUUACAUUCACUGCAGUGGCUUCGAUACGCGUUGGCUGCAUUAAUUUGUAAUUAGGUUGGAGUUUGUGAAAGUACAGAAGAUAUGUUCAAAGCAAUUAUUCUGAUAGGUGGGCCGUUGAAAGGCACUCGGUUUAGACCACUUUCACUAGAAAUCCCCAAGCCUCUAUUUCCUGUUGCUGGAUUUCCCAUGAUCUAUCAUCAUAUUGCAGCAUGUUGUCAGGUUAAAGGACUGAAAGAAAUCAUAUUGAUUGGAUUUUAUCAACCUAAUGAUGCUCUUAAUAAAUUUAUAAUUAGUGCUCAACAAGAAUUUAAAAUUCAAAUUAGAUAUUUACAAGAAUACACAGCAUUAGGUACAGCAGGAGGUAUUUAUCAUUUUCGUGAUCAAAUACUUACAGGAAAUCCUCAAUCUUUCUUUGUCCUUAAUUCUGAUGUUUGUGGGGAUUUCCCUCUUCAAGACAUGCUUGAUUCUCACGAGAAAAAUCCCGAAGGCUCCAUUGGAACGGUUUUAGCAACUGAAGCUACAAGACAGCAAUCAUUAACAUUUGGUUGUAUAGUUGAAGAUCAGAAUACUCAUGAGGUACUACAUUACGCUGAAAAACCAGAAACAUUUGUCAGUACUUUAAUUAACUGUGGUAUAUAUUUGUUUUCACCACUAAUUUUCCAAACACUGGAAAAAGCCUUUAAAAGUAAUCUGGAAGAAAAUUACAAUAUUGAUGUAAACAGGUAUAAUUGUUUUGAUUUCAACAUUCCAUCUAAAGAAGUAAUACGACUGGAACAAGAUGUAUUAAUACCUUUAGCUGGUGAUGGAAAAUUAUUUGUUCAUCAAACAAAACGAUUCUGGAGUCAACUUAAAUCAGCUGGAGCUGCCAUCUAUGCAAACCGUCAUUAUCUGGCAAUAUAUCAACGAACUGGGUCAAAACAAUUGGCCAAGAAUGGUGAAAAUAAACCUAAAAUAAUAGGAGAUGUUUUUAUUCAUCCAACAGCUCAAGUUCAUGCCAGUGCUGUUCUUGGCCCUAAUGUAACUAUUGGUAGACAUGUAGUAGUAGGUGAAGGGGUCAGAUUAAGGGAAUCUAUUGUUUUAGAAGGAGCUACACUACAGGAUCAUUGUUGUAUUUUAUAUACCAUAGUAGGCUGGCAUUCAACCAUAGGUGUCUGGUCAAGAGUAGAGGGCACACCUAAUGAUCCUAAUCCUAAUAAACCAUUUGCUAAAUUAGAAAUACCUUCAAUGUUUACCACAGAUGGUAAAUUAAAUCCCUCUAUUACUGUAAUAGGUUCUGAUGUUCAAGUACCAUCGGAAGUUAUUAUAUUAAACUCUAUAGUUUUACCACAUAAAGAUUUAGCGGGAUGUUACAAAAAUCAGAUUAUUUUAUAGAUAUUUAUUUAUUCAUCUUUUUUAACGCAACUACAGUUCAUUUAUACUGAGUGGAUCGUCCAGCCAAUAUUUAUACUGAGUGGAUCGUCCAGCCAAUAUUUAUACGGAGUGGAUUUGUCCAGUUAAUAUUUAUUACUAAAUUUUCUAGGGGGCUAGAAAUGAGGAAAUUACGUCAUAAUGUGUUAAACACAAUUCUAUAUUUAUAGCUACCAGUAUUUAUUUAAAGAGGGCAGAUGAAAUAAUUAUCACUGCUGUGUUUACUGUUGGAUUGUUUGCAUGUAAUUUAAAUAUGCAUUAUGUAAGAGCUAAAUCUGCCUAUUGCACGUCUUUUCUUUCGACUUUAAAUGUUUUAUAAAUUAUUAUUUAAACAUUUAUUUACUUGAUAAGCCUAUAUUCAACUCUCUACACAAUCAGAUGGCUGAAAUUAAAAUGGAUUUGAACACUCGCGAGAUACAAAAUUAAACAAUAACAUGGAUAAUUGAGACUUGUGGUCUCGGUUGUCCAGUACCAUUUCUACAAUAAGAAAAAAUCUACGCUGCAUAUUCAAACAGGCAUAACUACGUCCAGAAUAAAGUAAUUUGAAUAAAAUUUUCAAUUUUAUCUUUAUAUUAUAUGUUUUUGAACUAUUAUUACAUUAUGUAUCUUAAGCUUGAAAUUAUUGUUUAACAGAAAUUAAUGGAAAAAAGUAAAGAAUGUACUGAAUAAAGUUGUUAAGUAUUAUCUACCAAAGAUAACUCACCUUCAAUGUAUUAACACAAUUAACAGUCAUUAAUUACAUCGUAAAAUGACAACUUACAUUUUGAAAUUAUCUGACUUGUACAUCACCGGUUGGAUUCAAAAGAAGCAACCAUAAAGGUUAUCAUCAAUAUUAAUUAAUUUUAAUAGGUAACUACACCUUUCUGUCCACAUUAAUUUCUUGUUUUACAGUAUACAGAGUUCUAAAUGAAGCUUAAUAAAACAAGAAUAAAACUUGUAGUUGUAAACAAUUCAAGAGGGAUUUUAUAUUUUAUGGUGUUGUAUAUUAAUAAUAUGUUUAUUACCAUUUAUUUUUCAUUUUAUGUUCCUGCCAUAUUUUAAUUUGAGUUUUUAUUUUCUUAUAGCAUAGUUUCCAUUGUUAUAUUUCAUCUGUUUGCUGGACAAAACAUUAAUUAUUCAUCAAUACAUACAAUGAUCAUAAUACAUAUAUACUUCAUAAAUCAUGCAAAUCAAUUGAAAAUUGUUGAAUUUUGUAACUGUUGAAGAUUAAAGAUCAGUGGCCAUUAAGUUUAAUGGUACGACUUUCAUAGACAGCCAACUCAUCAAAAUCUUACAUCUCAAACAUACGUUGACAACAUCAACCAUAAUGGUACCCAGUUCCGUUCCUGCUUGGUGCCUUUGUAUAUUUUUAUUUUUCAAAUGGAUUUUGUGACAUAAUUUAAAAUUGAAUAAAGGGGAUAAAUUGUAA